AAGUCGGUAAAUCACAUCGAAAACCCAAGUUCUGGUCGCAGUGAGAAGCUCUGGAUGCCUUGAGGAGGGUUCACCAGCUCUGCUUCAACAACGUUGACAUGGAUCUUACCAACGUCAUCAACAGUCAAGGCAGACAUCUUUCUUCAAGAAAUCUGCCCAAAAGGAAAAACACUGAAAUUGGACCAGUAAAGCUGCAAGAUUUUGUCGGCCAGUCAAAAGUGGACGCUGCAAUCCAAGGUGAAACUUUCUUUCUCAUGGUGGGGCACACGCAUGAAGAUUUGGAUCAACUGUUUAGUGUAUUUGCAAGGGAACUUAGACAGAAGCCUGCAACAACCCGCGAUGCCCUCCUUCAAGAUUGGGGACAUCCGGACACCCACCACCAAGCUAUCAGACUUCAAGCCCUUCAUGCCUGCCCCAAGGGAAGCGACAACCCUCCCAACUAAAGUUCAAGAGGCAAUAGAGAAGAACAAUGAAAAACUGCAAAAACAAUCAAAGAUCACUCUGACAAAGCACCGAAGACAAGCGUCAGUAUCAGAACAAUAAAGAAG